UCCUUGCGUAGAGCAGUCCGCGUGGCAUCGCUGCUAGCAACAGCUUCUGCACCGACGUGACGCACCGCCUGAGUCCAGGGGGAAGAGUCAUACCUUAAGCUUGGUGCUGAGUUACCAGUAAGAGAAGAAGGUUCUACGAGUUGGUUGUGGAAGAGCACCAGAGCGGGUGUCAGUAGUGCUUCAAAACAUGGUUAACCAAGCGGCUCAAUGCUUCAUUGUACGGAGAGUGUGGCUGGUGGUGGUGGUUGGGCUACUGGUACAGCAGACAACGGCAAGGUAUGUCUUCGAAGAAUGUCCUGGAGUGAUGGGCAACCGAGCCGUCCACGGCAAGGUGACCCGGGUUUGUGAGGAUUGCUACAACGUCUUCCGGGACACUGACGUCUUGGCCGGAUGCAGGAAAGGCUGCUUCUCUAGUGAGAUGUUCAAGCUUUGCCUCUUGGCUAUGGAGCGCGUCGAGGAGUUUCCAGACUUCAAGAGAUGGAUUGGUAUUCUUAACGCUGGACGCUAGUGAAGAGUGACAAGCCUUCCACACUCUUCCAUACCGGUUCCUGACGCUCUCUUCCACACUUACCAGAAGAACCGUCCCAGUGAUGCUCCUGACUCUCCUCCACACUAUCCAGAAGAACCGUCCCAGUGAUGCUCCUGACUCUCCUCCACACUAUCCAGAAGAACCGUCCCAGUGAUGCUCCUGACUCUCCUCCACACUAUCCAGAAGAACAGUCCCAGUGAUGCUCCUGACUCUCCUCCACACUAUCCAGAAGAACCGUCCCAGUAACACUUGAUACAUGACCAUCAACUGUCGCACUGUACCGGAUACAUAUUGAUGAUUGCUUUUGUUUUUCUCUACUUGCUAAGACUUCUUAGUUGUGUGUCUGCAUUUGUGUGUGUGUGUGUGUGUGUGUGUGUGUGUGCAUUUGUGUGUGUGUGUGUGUGCAUUUUCAUCCUUAUAUAUUUGAGGUAUUAGGCACGGCUCAAAUUCCAGCCUUGGGAACAUUUAUACCUGAAUGCGAUGACUAGUUUCCCGGUUUUUUCAUUUUCUUUAUAUACGUCAAAGGCUGAGACAGGCUGAACGACUACUUCUAUAACCACUCCACUUCAUGAGACCUUUAAUGCUGACGAGUUUUCUACUGACGUCUCUGCAAUUGAUUGGUCAUUCGUAUUUCCAUCUGUUCUUCAAUUUUUGCUACUAAUAAAUUAAACAGUGCUUCUUUGUUUAACAAUUUUCCAUAGACCUUU